AGGAGGAGAGGAGUCAGCAGCCGCUACAUGAAAAUGGCGGAGACCGUACGCUCGCUAUUCGACUACCGAGAGCCCCCGACACUAGUGGACAGCGAUGGAGAGGCCAACAAGCCGCAACCUCCCAGAGGACGGGGCUGUGGAAGGAAAAGGAAAGGAACCCCAGUAAAAGUCUGUGAUCGUGUUUUCGCGACAGAAGACGACGAUGAGAGCACCUCAGAGCACGGUUUCUGCCCAGGUGAAGUUCAGUACCAGGGAGGAGAAGGGGCCAAGCACAAGCUGCCGGUUCCAGACGGCCCUUACUACAUAGCAGACGCCGCACCCGUUUGUGUGUCUGAACAGGGGGAGGAGGGGGAUGGCGGUGGUGCGCGCGGAGCUGUUCUCUACCCCCCCACCCCUAACUGCCGCAUCCGAGAGGUGCAUUGUGGGAACCAAGUGCGGCUGGUUGUCAUAGCGAUCCGCGACAUCACUAAGGGAGAGGAGAUAACGGUGGACUACAGUCUGACUGAAUGGGGCGAGAACGCAAUGCAGAGUUUCCAUGGCGCCGUGCCUCCCACCGGCUUUGAGUCUAACUCCGACCCUGAAAAUGGUAUCAAGAAGGAGGAUGACGCAGGCCAGGUACCCGUCUCAGUCUCUGUCUCCGACUACCUCACCCCAUCCUGGUCCCUCUCUCCGUCCUCAUCCCCACUGUCCCACUCCGAUGGCAGUGACUCCGACCUGGAGGAAGAGGAUGAUGAAGAGGGAGAUGGGCAGCACCGUCACAAGAAGCGCCGGCAUCCCUCCUCCCUGGCCCUGGCCUCGGCCUGCCCCGGCUCAGCCAAGAAGAGGCCCCCACAGCAGCAGCAGCAGCAGCAGCAGCGCCCCCCCCUGGGUCGCCCUCCAGGCUGCUCCGCCUCCUCCGCCUCCUCCUCCGCCAUCCCUUCUUCGCUGCCGUCCCCCCCGUCCCAGCCGCCCAACCCGUCCCGCCCGCUCUUCAAGUGCCCGGCGCCGGCCGUGGGCGCCAGCAGCAGCAGCAGCAGCAGCAGUAGCAUCGGCGGCUCCGGCGUGCACCUGCGCAUCCCCAUGCCCUACAAGCAGUGCUGCGUCUACUGCGGCCGCCACUUCCGCUCGCUGCAGCGCCACCUGGACAAGCACCACCCCCACCAGCCGGACGUGCGGGCCGCCCUGGAGCGUGCCCACGCCCACCCGCACCCGUCGGCCCACCCCCCGCACCUCCACGCCUCCCUGCCUUCCUCCUCCUCCUCCUCCUCCUCUCAGGCCAGAGACGGCUCUGCCCCUAGUGGUGGAGCGGUGACACUGGUGGUCCCCACCGUCCCCAACCGGCACGCUCCUUCUCCCACUGCCAGGAGGAGCCCGGCAGCCUUGUCCCCGAGCCCCCGCAAGAGCCCCGCCCCGGUGGCCACCACGCCGCCCAGGAGGGGAGGGGUGCCCGUGUCCGUGCUGAAGAGGAGCCCGCCCAUGCAGAUCAUCACCCCUCCCUCAAGGGGGAAGGUGGGCCGCAAGGUGAAGAAGGAGAGGGAGGAGGAGGUGGAGGAGGCCGAGAGGAGGCCCAAGGAGGAGGAGGUGCCCACUCCCAUCUACGUGGACCACAAGGGGAUCCUGGAGCUGCAGCAGCAGGCGUGCCACCCCCAUCCACCCCCCGCGAUGACCCCCGAGGACGAGAACGACGAGAACGACGCCAUGAUGGGAUACGAGAGUGGAGCUGAGGACAAGAAAGACAUAUUUAGUUCUCGGCGUCCCCACAUCAUGCCGCUGCUCUCCUCCUUGUCCUCCCUGGUCCUGUACCUGCGUCGCCUGCAGCACUCGGCCUUCAUCUCCCUGUCCCGCUCUCCGCAGUCCGCCGAGGCCUGGCGCCUGCUGUGCCACUCCAGCCUGGCGCUGCUCAUCCUCUACAACCGCCGCCGCGAGUGCGAGGUGUCCAAGCUCACCAUCACCGAGUACCAGGCCCGCGUCACCCCGCAGUGCCCCGUCCCGGUGCCCCCGGGUGCCCCGCCGGCCCUGACCCCGCUGGAGGCCUCCCUGUCCCCCUUCGAGCGCCUGGUGCUGCCCCACCUGCCCCGCGUGGGCGUGCAGGGGAAGCGGGGCCGCGUCCAGCCCCUGAUCCUGCCCCCGCACUCGGAGGCGUGCCUGGACAUGCUGCUGCAGACCCGUCCCGGGGUGGGCGUGGACCCCGUCAACCCGUACGUCUUCGCCAGGCCGUACCACUCGCCCGCCACGCCGCUGCGAGGCACCGACCUGCUGCGUAGCCUGGCGCGCUCCAGCGGCACGCGCAACCCGCGCGCCCUCACCCAGACCCGGGUGCGGCGCCAGGUGGCCAUCCUGACGCAGCUGCUGCUGCUGAGCGAGGGCGAAGACGACACGCAGAAGGGCGCCGCCGUCCAGCGCCUGGAGAACUUCCUGCAGAGGGAGUACCAUGUGACCCAGAGCUGCGCCAGGAUUGGACAGGACCCGGGCCUUAUGGCUCUGAUUGGACGCGUGGUGCUGUGCGGCGAGAGGGACGGCGUGCUCUUCAGAGGCAUGAGCCUGCACCACAUCUGCCUUGAGCUGGAUGUGAUGUCUGGAAACUCUGGAGAAUCGUUUUCAGAGGAGUCGGAUGGAGAGGAGGGGAAAGAGAAGACGGUGUCGGUGACCCCGGCAGCCAUGAUUAUGAUGAAGAAUGGCUCACCUAAUGGCCAAAAGCCCCCACGACCCAAGAAGUUGAACGGAGCAUCACCAUUUUCACGCAAAAGGGGCUCAGGCACGCCCAAACCAGGGAAGCGUGGUGUGCUGAAGCGGCCGUGGUCCGAGGCAGAGCGGGCCGCCGUGGAGCUACACCUCACCCGGAACAUCGCCGAGCUGCGGGUGCCCGCCAAGGCCGACUGCGAGCGAUGCCUGGAGCUCUGCCCCCUGCUGGUCACCAACCAGCGGGACUGGAGGGCGAUUAAGUUCUACUGCCACAAUCGCAUCCAGCUGCUCAAGAAGACCCGCCAGAGAGAGGGCACAGGCUCCACCCCCCUACCUGUGUGCUAGGAGACUGGUAGAGAGAGUGGGCACUGGCUCCACCCCCCUACCUGUGUGCUAGGAGACUGGUAGAGAGA